AUGAGAGAUCAUUCAAAACCGGACCAUCAUACGCAUGAUCCGACCAAGACUUUCGAAGAUGCCGCAUUCGAGAUGCUCUCUACAGUAAGCCCGGUGAAAGUAUCCAGAGAGGAUAUCCCAUUCGAUUCUGUCAGACAGAUUGUGCUUGGAGAGAUCCUGAAGAGCAAGCAGAGAGCUGCAAAGCCGAAUACCUCAAAUGGCAGAAGGCGAACUAUGGACGAGCUGCUCGAUGAAGCACCCAGCUCGUCGAGCUCAUCAAGCCACGUCGGAGAAUCAUCCUCAUCGAUUUUGGAGCGAGGAACGAUGACAGACGAUGGAGAGUCUUCUGGAACACCUAGACCGAUUGUGGCGAGACUCUAUGGAGACCAUACUCGUUCUUCAUCUACCUCCACGUCAUCUGUAAUUCCGUGUGGAUCUUCUGAAGCUACAGAUACGAAAAAAAAGCCGUUAAACUAUCGUGAGAAACGACUCGCCGAAAUUCGUGGUGCCAGAAUGAAAAAGUACAGAGAAAGCGCGGAGAUUGUGGAAUUCAAAUGCGAGGAAAUUGAGCUGAAGGAAGAAUUUCUAAAAUUCUACGAAGAACUUCUUGAAGACGACGCCCCACCAUCGACAGUCUACUAUCGUGUCGUCGAAUCGCUCGAUUGCUAUUUUCGUGCCAAGACCUGGGAGAGCAAUUGUCCAAAGCUCCUCUGUGAAUUUCUCUGCGAGCAUAUUCUCAAAACGUGUCAAGAACUCAAUGUACUCAAUGAAGCUAGCAGCGCUACCGAUGAAUGGAAAGCGAGAGAGAUACAGAUUCAGGUACUCCUCACCUUGCAUGUGUAUGUUGUGACAGAUAAGAGAAAGUGGUUGGAUGAAGCCAUCAACAAGAUGCGAAUGAUCUUCAUAUCGGUUGGUCCGGAAAAAUUGAAGACGUUUGUUGAGGAGCCAGUCACUGAUAUCUUUCUCGAGCUUAUCGGUGAUGGUCUCGCAACGAUCUACGACGAGCUUUGCAUUCAACUCCCGGCUGAUCUUCUACAGUACAACUCUGGGCUGUUCAAAAUGACUGAAACCGAUGAUAAUAUCGUUGUGAAGCGCCGUAAUGGAGCUGCGAAUCGUCUCGAAGCAAUGCUCAUAGAGACUUCGGACAAUUUGGGAAUCGGUGGAGUAGAGAAGACGACGUCGAGACAGAAGACUCCAGAAGCGACGGCGCCGACAAAGAGGAGGAGUUUGAAGAGGAAGAAUGAGGAAUCAGUGCCGAAAGAACUGCUGUCCCCGGCUCGCCCAACACGAUCCGCAUCGGUGGGUCGUCCCGACUACAAGCAUUUCUUCGUCGAGGACACUCCAGAUGAGAAGUAUACCAAGAGGAAGUCGGUUGAAGAAGUCAACGAUGACGAUUUAGAAGACGGCGAAGACGAAGUUAAAGUCACCAGAAUGAAGAAGAGAAUCACAAUAAAAGAGGAGAUUGAUGAGGAGGUCAAACAGACACCAGUGGCCAAGUUGAGAGCUGUUGCCGCAUCGAAAAGUGGGAAGAGAUGCUCUAGACGACUGUCGGAGAUGGUGAAAUUGAGCGAGGAGAGGUCACAGAUCCCAAAAAAGGCCAGAGAGAAUCUCAAUAAGAUUUUGGAGAAAGCCAAGACCCCAUCCCGCACUGUAACUCGUCCCACUCGUAAAAGCGUUCUCUUUGGAACAUCUCCAGCUUCUACCUCCAUGACCAAGAAGACAGGAAGCUCUCGAAAAUCUCUCCUAAAUCGAUUCAUCGACGCUGAAGACAGAAGAUCCCCGGAUUCAGAAUUGACGGUGGACACUUCUGGUGGUCAUGAUAUUGAUUCACCAUCGGAAUCACUCGCCAAUACACCGGUUCUGAGAGAACGAUCGACGAGGAAGCGUCCGAGUAGAUUUCGCCAUUCGAUCAGUGAUUCGAGACCGGACAUCGAUGACGACGACGAAGUAGCUCCUUCAGCACCUUCCACAUCGAAACGCACGUUUUCUAAAUCUGCCGCAUCUUCUGCUGCCACGACGCCAACUGCCACCACCACCACGUCAUCUACAAAAUGGACGGAUCGUCAGCUGAAACGACAGUUGGGAUUGACGCGUGAAGACCUCAAUAGAUAUCGUAAUGCAAUGCUAACUACGGGUGAGAGAAAUCAAAACAAAAAUGUAAAAAUCAACUGGGAAAGUGCACAAGUGAAUCGAGCGGGACGUGUGAAAGGAGCCGGUGCCAGUGAGAAUGGAACUCCGAUUUUUGGGAUUCUUCGACGAAAUGUGCGGACGAUGAUUUGCCACGUGUUGCUCAAUGAUACGAAUCCUGAUACUAGUUUUAACUGGAAUAAGGUGAAAUUCGACGAUUUGGAUGAUAAACCAAGAACUCGUCAAUUCCAAUCGCUAAUUCAAAAACCUGAAGCCUUUAUGGAGUCUCUGAAACAAAAGUACAUUGAAAAACGGUCGAUGCCUCUGAAAAGAAUGCGUUCGAAUGCCACGUCAUCAGCAGACCUGACGCCUUCUACAUCCACAUCACCGUCGAGAAAGAAGCAUAAGCCGCCAACGUCUUCUGCGAAGAAUUCCCCGAAGAAGAGAAAUCCAACGUCUUCUACAAGAGGGUAUUCUGAAGAAUACGAUUUAUUUGGAUUCGAAACUGAAGCCGAUGACUAG